CAAACAGAGCUUAGAUCGCCCUAAAAGCCUGAGGAAGCCGUUUCUAGUCCGGAAAAAAGAAACGAAAAGAACCCCGCGAGUCCAUGACGAAACCACCAUUUCCUCUUUUCCCUCCCGCCCCUUCCUUGGCUCUAAUUCUCUCUUCCACACAUUCUUUCUCUCCUCUCUCUCUGUUUUCUCUUUCAAAUCCCAUUUCAACAAAACAGAUUCUCUGCUGAGAAAGCCUCGGUUUUACAACAAAAACCAAAAAAAAAAAAACCCAAAUCUUUUUCAUCUGAAAUCAGCGGAAACUGUGAUGUCGUUCACCAACUGCACGCCAUUUCUAAAGGGGGCGAGGAAAACCACAAAUAAGUGUAGAAUGUGAUGAUAAAUGAUCAAGCGUCACUAUCCUAAAUCUAACACCCAAUGGCUAGAUAAUGGAUAAUCCAUAGUAUUAGCUACUCAUGGUAAUGAGUGAAAACGACAGAUCCGUCGUAACGUUUAGAAAUGAUGAUAUGGUUACACAAUAAUGGCGAAAAGAUGUGAUAGAAGUUUUGUCAAUACAGAAGUACACCGUCUUAAGAAUAGAAUGAGACAACAAAGGUACAGGGCUGGUAAGCGUGAAGAAAAAGCUAAAAGAGAGGGACAGACUCUAUUGCCCUCAUGUUUGUUCAUCACAGAUUCCGCUGGUGCGAAUAAUGGGUUGGAUGUGAUUCACUCAAAUGCCGAAUGUGUAGGAGCCAGAAGUGUGACUAGUGUUGAACAUAGAUUUACUUCUGAAACCAGUGAAGAGACUGGCGUAUCUCAAAUUAGACCUGCAGUGAAAUCGCAUUAUGAACAGCCCUGCACCGUUGAACUUGCUGCGACUGUUGCAGAGGAAAAUUUAAAUACUUCUUCAGAGCCUUGUCAGGCAUUUCAUGCACACAUGAUUCAAGAUUUGCCUCAAAUGGAAACUGUUCAUGGUAUUAAUAUUCUAAAAGCGCAAGAUAAUUCUUCAAUGAAGCUUCCGUAUCAGAGAGAGGUUAGGAGAAGCCAUGAAGACAUUUUAGCUCGUCGUGCUAAAAACAGAGAACGGCAGCGCAGAUAUAGAGCUCGAAAGCGUCUUGAAACAAACAUGAAAAAAGUUUUUUCUACCAACCAACCAAAUCUAUUGUCACUACAGAUUCCAAACCAGAGUGGGUCCAUAAAUCGCGUUCUUUGUCACCGGGAUUGGAAAGAAGAAGCAAGACAGGUUCAUGUUUCUGAGGAGCCCAAAAUAUCACAAGCUGAACCACCACUAGCUUCUCUCAACUCUCCAGAUAACGAAAAUCUCAGCACUUUACCAUCAGAAAACAAGGAACACCUCGAGGAGGAGAAGGAACUAAAGCCCGAGCAUCAAGUAGAUGGUAGUGUCACGGGAGCUAACAAAGCUACACAUAAUCGAAGAGAUUGGAAAAUGGCUGCAAGAAACAAAGUUCAUUGACGACUAACUCAAGAUUAUUGUAAAUGGAAAUAUUGAAGUAAAAAAAUGUCAAUCACCUAUUACUGUUUGCCAAUAGACGUUCAAACAACAAUUCUAACUAUACAGAAAUCUGAACUUUGUGAGUUCAACGUGAUAUUAUAACUUGCUCGCAGCCUCCUCAUGAA